CUCUACAAUUUUGGACAAGUAGCUUAAUUCCUCUGCUGAUGAUAAUCCUGCAUUUCUACAUGCUUCAAUCAAAAUACCUGCCAAGGUAUUUUUAUUAGUAUCAAUUAAUAUCUGCCAAGUGUUGCAUUAAAUACUACUUUAUUUAAUUUCCAGAGUAAAAGAAUCUGUCAUUGCUCAGUUAAUUAAAAAUGUUUUCUUCAUAUGAUGUCAGGGUCCUGGAAGACAAACUUGGGUGGAAUGUAUACGUGCUUAAUAUUUAUUCCAAGGAGUCUGACAGAAAUUCAAGGAGCAGCACUGAUGAAACCCAAGUAGACAUCAUUGCUUUUGAUGAGGCCCACCAGGAAGUACCUGCAGAAGAUGUAAAAAGAAAACUGAGGGAGCAGCAGGCAGACCUUGAGCUGGGGCUGGAGGAGGUGUUCUCAGCACCUGUCAGCGCUGCCGUCGGGGAGGCUGCGGCGGCCCCAGCGUCCCCAGAGCUCGUGGCCACCAUCGUGCUCGGGGCGCUGCUCGCCGGCACCUUCGUCGCCUUCCUGGCCUAUGUUCUGCUGGAUCUGAAAAGGAAGAGAAAGUAUGGGAAACAGGAUUUGAUUAAGAAAGUUGAAAUUAUGGAGGGCAUUGAUAGCCCAUGGGCAGAUGACAAAAAUGGAAGUCUGAAAAGCUUAGAGAAACCAGAGCACAUGAAUAAUGGGAGAACUGAGAUGAUAUCAUUUGACAACCUGGAAGGCACCAGAGGAGAUGAUGCUGAAAAAGAUGAAAUUCAGGCCCCUGAAAAAGACAAUUACCUGGAGACAGUACUGCUGGAUUACAAGGGUGAAAGUGAGCAAAAUGGAACACCUGAAAAAGCUCCUGAAAGUAGAAAUGUGGAGGUCCAGCUCACUGCGAGAUCCACAACAGAACAGGAUUCCUUUCCGACAGACACAAACCAGAAGCCAGCUCUUUCAUUAACACCUCAUCCCACAUUGCCUGCCCCUGAGAAAGAACUGAAAGGAGUAAAAUUUUCAGAGGUGGCAGUGAUUUUGGACACAGAACCUGAAGAUGAUGAGCCUGGAGAUGAUGAGUCUGAAGACAAUGAGUUUGGUGAUGAUCUAUCUCUCUGAUAAGAACACCCGAUGAAGAAAAUUUUUAGAAAAAGCACAAUGAGACUCAUUGGAACAGCUCAUAAUUAAAUGAGCAAUAAGAAUAUGGGAAUGUUAUCCAAAUUUUAAUUCUGCUGCUGUUUUAAGGAUGGAUAAGAAAGCCCACAAGUAAUACGCGGGAAGGGCUGCAGUGCCGUGCUGCAGGGCUGUUUCCCCAGCAGCAGCGCUGGCUCACUGUGUAUUUAAUUUCGUCUGGCACGUGUCAAAUGGGCAAGACAAUAAACCCGAUUCCAGAGGCGC